GAGGGGGUUUCGUGUUGGAGAUAGUCGUAUUGGGGUCCCCUAGGAGUUGGAAGAGGCCAAGAUGAUAUGGGAGGCAUGAGGAGCAACUACUGAGAAAGCGCUUUGGGAUGAAGAUUCACUGGAUUCGCUCAUGCGUAAACUGGGUUAACAGAAGAAGCGUUAGGUGUUGUGAGGGGUUGGUGACACAGUGAUUGCGUUUACCGCAGUGCCUGGCACAUGGUAAUACUUAACAUGAUUUGGUGUCAUCAUCAGCAUUAGGAGAGGAAAUUGAAGAGAAAAUGAGAAAUGAUAAGAAUAAUGGGAUAGAAAAGGGAUGAAAUGAAAUUCUCAGCUUGAAAUGGGGUGAGACUGAUGGACAGUAGUUUGAGUAAAGGAAGUGGCCAAAAGAAUCUUGGGAAAGAAACCUUAUUGACAUGGCCCUUACACCAGAGGAAGAUGCUACUGCUACCUGUCUACUCCUCCUGAACCUCCAGCUUUCUGUCACAUUGCCCCAUGGAGGAUACACCCCUCUCCUUCAGCUGCUCUGACUGUCAGCGCCACUUUCCUAGUCUCCCAGAACUUUCACGGCACCGAGAACUGCUCCAUCCAUCUCCCAAUCAGGAUAGUGAGGAGGCUGACAGCGUCCCUCGGCCCUACCGCUGUCAGCAGUGUGGGCGAGGAUACCGUCACCCAGGGAGCCUGGUCAACCACCGUCGGACCCACGAGACUGGACUUUUCCCCUGUACCACCUGUGGCAAGGACUUUACUAAUCCCAUGGCCCUCAAGAGCCACAUGAGGACACAUGCUUCUGAGGGCCGCCAUAGGAGCAAGGAAGCCACUCUGCAUCUCCAGAGUGAGACAGUGUCUCUUGACUCCUGGGGCCAGAGGCUUGGCUCUGGAGAAGGCUGGGAAAACCAGACAAAGCAUACAAAAGAGACACAUGGCUGUGAGUCUGGACCUGACCCCAGGACAACUCCAGGCACUUUGGAAGAUACACCCACCAAACAAAGAGAAGGCUGGGAAAGCCAGCCAAAUCCUGAGGAGGGUACUGAGCGCUGGGGUCCCACCACUCACUCUGCCAGAGCCCCGCCUCUUCCCACUCCAGCCAGCAGCCUCCUUAGCAAUUUGGAACAGUACUUGGCUGAAUCAGUAGUGAACUUUACAGGUGGCCAGGAGCCCACCCAGUCUCCUCCUGCUGAGGAAGAGCGGCGGUAUAAAUGCGGUCAAUGUGGCAAGACCUACAAGCAUGCUGGGAGCCUCACCAACCACCGCCAGAGCCACACUCUGGGCGUUUACCCUUGUGCCAUCUGCUUCAAGGAAUUUUCUAACCUCAUGGCUCUGAAGAAUCACUCCCGACUCCAUGCCCAGUAUCGGCCUUACCACUGCCCCCACUGCCCUCGUGCUUUCCGGCUCCCCCGGGAACUGCUGGAACACCAGCAGUCCCAUGAGGCUGAAAGGCAAGAACAGCCCUGGGAAGACAAUGGGAUGCCCACCACCAACGGGCACACAGAUGAGAGUGCCCGGAACCAGAUACCAACUACACAGAUGCUGAAUGGCUUGGAGCUCAGCAUUUCUGGGGAGCUAGAAGAUAGUGGCCUGGAGGAGUACCGGCCUUUCCGCUGUGGAGACUGUGGCCGUACCUACCGCCAUGCUGGCAGCCUCAUCAACCAUCGAAAGAGCCACCAGACAGGUGUCUACCCGUGUUCAGUCUGUUCCAAGCAGCUGUUCAAUGCAGCGGCCCUCAAAAACCACGUGCGGGCUCAUCACAGACCCCGGCAAGGAGCCGGGGAAGAUAGGCAGUUGUCGGUGACCCCAGCUUCCCUGCUGUUAGCUGAUAGCACUCACAAAGAGGAAGAAGCCCCCACCACCACCCCGGACUAUCGCCCCUAUAAAUGCAAUGAAUGUGGUCGGGCUUACCGUCACCGGGGGAGCCUGGUGAACCACCGCCAUAGCCACCGCACGGGAGAGUACCAGUGCUCGCUCUGUCCCCGCAAGUACCCCAACCUUAUGGCCCUUCGCAACCAUGUAAGAGUACAUUGCAAGGCUGCUCGAAGAAGUACAGACCCAGGGACCCAGGGUCCCCCCAGUCACCUCAAGGUGAAACUUUUGCCUAACUCGGGGGCAGCAGAGCCAACCCCGCAGACAGAUCAGGGACACAUGUGCAAACACGAAGGAGGGCCUGUCGGUAUCCCCCCAGCAGCAGGUACAACAUCCCCACUGAUAUGCAGCAUCUGUGGGAUGCCCUUUGAAGAUCGUGAGAGCCUUGAACAACAUGGCCUGACCCAUAGGGAAGGGGAAAAUAGCAGGACAGAGAGCACAGUGUCACCUCCUAGGGCAUUUGCCUGCAAAGACUGUGGCAAGAGCUAUCGACACUCAGGCAGCCUCAUCAACCACAAGCAGACCCAUCAGACGGGAGACUUCAGCUGUGAGGCUUGUGCCAAGCACUUCCACACCAUGGCUGCCAUGAAGAGCCAUCUGCGUCGCCACAGUCGGCGGCAGAGCAGGCGCCAUCGGAAACGGGCUGGCAGUGGGGCAGAAGCCAAGUUCCCACUAGAAGGGCCCUGGGCCCACGCGGUUGAACACAGUGUGGGUCUGGAUUCUUCCCAAGACACUCCAAAGGAAAGUCCUUGUGAAACUAAAGGCAGCUUGGAAAAUUAUGGGGACUGUUUGCAGGCUCAAUCUGAAGGUGACCAUUGUGGGCUUGAGAGGGAUGAGGCCUGUUUCCAGGGUGAUAAAGAGAGGGGAGGCACUGAAGGAGGACUGGAAGGGAGGGAAACCUGUUUCCUUGACAACUUAGACAUCCCAGGUGAGGAGGAAGCCAGUGGGACUCACUUCUCUGAUGGCCUCACUGGGGUAGAUGUAAACCAGAAAACCACUGGUGAGCCUAACUCAUCUUCCCACUCUGCUGAAACUGCCAGCAGCUGGCAGACUGAGGUCACUCACAAGUGCUCUGACUGUGGGCACUCUUUCCCCCAUGCCACUGGACUGCUGAGCCAUAGGCCCUGCCACCCACCAGGCAUCUAUCAGUGUUCCCUCUGCCCAAAGGAGUUUGACUCUCUGCCUGGCCUGCGUAGUCACUUCCAGGACCAUGGGCCAGGGGAGGCGGCCUCAGCACAGCCUUUCCUCUGCUGCCUCUGUGGUAUGAUCUUUCCUGGGCGGGCUGGCUACAGGCUUCACUGGCGCCAGGUUCACAGCUCCUCAGGCGUGACUGAGGGCUCAGAGGAGGACGGGGAAGAAGGAGCAGCAGAGGUGGCCUCUGCUUGUAGCCCUCCACUACAGCUCUCGGAAGCAGAGCUGCUAAAUCAGCUGCAGCGGGAGGUGGAAGCACUGGAUGGAGCAGGUUAUGGGCACAUCUGUGGCUGCUGUGGUCAGACCUACGAUGAUCUGGGGAGCCUGGAGCGUCACCACCAAAGUCAGAGUUUGGAGAAUCCCAUAGAUAAGGCUUCAAGCCGCCCAGAAGCAUCAGGUGAUGCUACAGAGAUAGCUGCAGACAGUGUCCUUGAGGGCGCAGUGCCUUCUCUCUCUGGAGAGGGUGAAGACACAAAGUCUGAAGAGGGAGUGAGUGACACAGUUGUGGACAGCCUUUGCAUGCAAGUUGGUGAAAGUUUCCUAGAGGUUCACCCUCGUCCCUUCCGCUGCAACCAGUGUGGUAAGACCUAUCGCCACGGGGGGAGCCUGGUAAAUCACCGCAAGAUCCACCAGACUGGAGACUUCAUCUGCCCUGUGUGCUCCCGCUGCUAUCCCAACCUGGCUGCCUACCGUAACCAUCUGCGGAACCACCCUCGCUGCAAAGGCUCUGAGCCCCAGGUGGGGCCCCUCCCAGAGGUAGGGUUCAGCAGUGAGCCCCAGAAUGUGGCAGAGAGGGGGCCAGAGCAGGCAGAAAUGGAAAAGCUCCAAGAAGAACUUAAAGCAGAGCCCCUGGAGGAGGUGGCAAGCGUGAAAGAGGAGAAGUGGGAGGAGACCCCUGUGAAAGGGGAGGAGAUGGAGCCACGGUUGGAGACGGCAGAGAAGGGCUGUCAGACUGAGACCAGCGCUGAGCGGCCUUUCAGCUGUGAGGUGUGUGGCCGCUCGUACAAGCACGCUGGCAGCCUCAUCAAUCACCGGCAGAGCCACCAGACCGGCCACUUUGGCUGCCAGGCCUGCUCCAAGGGCUUCUCAAACCUCAUGUCCCUCAAGAACCACCGGCGCAUCCACGCAGACCCUCGGCGUUUCCGCUGCAGUGAAUGUGGCAAAGCCUUUCGCCUGCGGAAGCAACUGGCCAGUCACCAGCGGGUCCAUGUUGAACGGCGUGGCGGUGGGGGGACCAGAAAGCUGAUUCGGGAAGAUCGGCCUUUCCGGUGCGGGCAGUGCGGUCGGACCUACCGCCAUGCUGGCAGCCUCCUGAACCACCGGCGUAGCCAUGAGAUGGGCCAGUAUAGCUGCCCCUCUUGCCCCAAGACCUACGCCAACCACAUGGCCCUGAAGGACCAUCAGAGACUACACUCUGAGAGUCGGCGGAGGCGGGCGGGGCGGUCCCGGCGGGCAGCUGUGCGCUGUGCGCUUUGUGGCCGUGGCUUUCCUGGCCGGGGAUCUCUGGAGCGGCACCUGCGGGAGCAUGAGGACGAGGCCAAAGGGGAGCUGGCCGGGGGCCAGGGAAGCUCAGAUGGCACAGAGGGCAGUGAGGGGAGCUUGGCCAACAACCAGGGACUAGAGGGCAGAUCAGGGGGUACUGAGUCGGUACCCCAGCUAGAAGAUGAAGCCACGAGGCCGGAAGAGCAUACUCAGAAUCCAGCCGGGACGGCAGACUCAGAAGCCACAGAUGCAGUGACCUGGGGCAGGGGAAAAGCAGACGGGUGGCAAGGAGAGAGAGGACUGGUCAAUCACAGUGGAGGCUGGGUUCCUCAGGGCCAGGCGUUGACCAAGCCAGAAGCCCAGUCAGAGGACAGCGUCCCCAGGAGUCCUUGCCACGUUGCCGACGGUCAACCCAAUGGACCUAGUCUAAGUCACGUGGAUGGCUGGGGUGAUGGAGAUAGCAUCUCUCAGCUCCCACCAGAAAGCCACUCCUAUUCCUGCUGCCAGUGUGGCAAGACCUACUGCCAGUCAGACGGCUUCUUGAACCACAGCACCCACAAGACAGACCUCCACUACUGCCUGCUCUGCGCUGAGGAGUUCUUAAAUCCCAUGGCCACGAAGAGUCACAGCCACAACCAUAUAGCUGCCCAGGUUCUUUCCUGCCCCGACUGUGGCGUAGCCUUUGAGUCCUGCCAUGAGCUGGCCACUCACUUGCAGACGCAUGCCACGGGCCGCAGUCAGGUGCCAAAUCAGAUGGAAGAGGCUGGAACUGUAGAGGACAAGGUGGGGCUCCCCGGUCAAGGGAAAGCUCAGGAGGCCCCCUCAGAACCCCUCAGAGCCUCAGGAGAGGAUUCCAAGCAAGCUAGUGGAGAGCAAGAAAUAAACUUCACAGGAGCCGACAACAAGGAGCGGCCCUUCCGCUGUGCCCAGUGUGGGCGCUCCUACCGUCAUGCUGGCAGCCUGCUGAACCACCAGAAGGCCCACACCACUGGCCUCUAUCCCUGCUCCUUGUGCCCCAAACUUCUGCCCAACCUACUGUCUCUUAAGAACCAUGGCAGGACCCACACAGACCCCAAGCGCCACCGCUGCAGCAUCUGUGGCAAGGCCUUCCGGACAGCUGCCCGGCUGGAGGGCCAUGCGAGGGUCCAUGCACCCCGGGAGGGGCCUUUCACCUGCCUCCAUUGUCCCCGGCACUUCCGCCGUCGAAUCAGCUUCCUGCAGCACCAGCAGCAACACCAGGAGGAGUGGACAGUGGCCAGCUCUGGAGCUCCAGCGGCACCAACAGCAAGCAGAGGGGACUUGUCAUUGCCCCCUGCAGUCACCCUGACAGCCCCACUCCUGGACCCUUCACCCCAGUGGCCUGCAGACCUCAGUUUCUCCCUCUGAACUUCCACAUCUCCAAAGAUCAGAACGUUGGAGCGCGGGUGUGGGCAGGGCCGGGCUUGAUCUCCAUGUUUCGCUCAGGAGUAGCUUGGGCAUCCCCAGCUCUUCUCUCCCCCUGUGACGAGUACCCAGAUCUGGCUUCUUUCCCGAGAAGGGAGUGGGGUGUUUCUCAUGUCCCUGUCAUUGAAGGAUCUUCUUCCCCCAGCCUUCGUCACCAUGCUUCGCCAGGAUGCCGGCGGCCCUUGCUAGCUAGAUUGCAACACCAGGGAAAGCAGGUUCAGAGAGCCCAUGGGUGGGAAUGUUGCCUGUGAAAGGGGAGCCUUUUGCUACACUUUGUAACUUAUUUUCUAAAGUCUAUUUUGUAACAAUUUAUUUAAGUUUUAAAAAAGGAAAAUUGCUCCCCCCCCAAAAAAAAAGAAAUUUUCGAAACAGCUGGCUGAUGUGAUUGUGUCUGAGGGGGGAAGGGUAGGGACAGCAGGGGACACCUGCGUUGGAGAGCAGAGCCACGUGGGAGCACCCGUGGGCGACAUCCCUGUCCUGCAGGGUGAGGACUGGGGCACCUGCUGGUUCUUGGUAGGCUUCUGCCACAGCCAGAUGGGCUGUUGGGCCGCCCCAGGGCCUGGAACACACUCGGGGGCACGAGGAGGGGCAGGCACGGUGACAUGGGAGGCGUCUCACUUUUCCCACGUCCUG